UUCAGGCUGAUUUCAGUUCAUUAUUCAGCCUGUGUUCUUUCCCUGUUCUAAGUCAUAGCCUUGUUUUCUUCUUUAUGAGUUUAAUUUUGAGACUCGUUCUUACUCCAAGAAUCUGAGUUCAGUCCCGAAUUCUCAGAACCUCUAGUCCAGAACCUCCCAACUCAGAACCUCAGAACCUUCCUUCCUAGAAACUCCGACUCUUUCCAGAACAUUAGACUCUUUCCAGAAACUUUUCCAGAACCCCCCAUCUCUGAAGAACUGGGUAUCCAACAACCCAUCUAACCUCACCCUCUUCCGAAUCUGGUGCGAAGGUUGUCGGCGACCAAGCCUUCAAAAUCCGCAGCUCCGAAUCGAUGCACGUGAGUUACACGCGCCUCCAAAGUACUCGUCACUGCCGCACGCGCCGCCGCGUGAAGCCUCGUUUCUGGCUGGAUAUUUGAUCGGUAAAUCUUCUCCAGGCUCGCCUGAAAUCCUCUACCACCAGACAUACACAAGUCUUACAUCGCGGGUCUACGGUCUGGACAUACGCAAGCUCUUUCGUUUACUCUUUGGGUCUGGAAUCGGGCUUCUGUCUGGAGUAUCACUCAAAGCCCAAGCAAAUUGCCCAAGCAAUAGGUGACAUUGUGACGACAUACGCAGGAUCUUUUAUUCUUCAAGGUCAAGUCCAGAAACGGGUUGCUGAUCUGUUAACAAAGCAGACUAUUGGUAAAGGACAUGAGUCAGCUGGUCUUUAUAUUUUGGAUACAUCAAUCACAAAAGGUAUCUCUUGUCUUGAGGAUGGGACUUUGUUAGAGGCUCAUUACCGAUUAGGGCAUCCAUCUCUCCCAUUUUUGAAGCAAAUAAAUCCUCAAUUCAAUAAGGUGAACUCGUUACAAUGCGAGUCAUGUCAGUUUGCGAAACGCCAUCGUACUAGCUUAAGCCCUCGAGUUAAUAAACGAGCAAAUGCUCCAUUUGACCUUGUUCACUCUGAUGUUUGGGGUGCUAGCCCGGUUGUGUCUAAAGCUGGUUUUAAAUAUUUUGUUACCUUUGUUGAUGACUAUUCUCGUAUGACAUGGCUGUAUUUCAUGAAGCGUCGAUCUCAGUUGUUCACUCAUUUUUCUUCCUUUUGUGCUAAAAUUAAAACUCAGUUUAACGUUCCUGUUCGGGUGCUAAGAGGAGACAAUGCCCAAGAAUAUCUAUCUGUUACAUUUAAGUCAUUUAUGCAUCAGCAUGGGAUUAUUCAUCAAACUUCAUGCGUUGACACACCUCCUCAAAAUGGGGUUGCAGAACGAAAGAACCGACAUCUGUUAGAAACUGCAAGGGCUCUUCUAUUCCAAAUGAAUGUGCCUAAACAGUUUUGGGCCGAUGUCGUGUCUACUGCAUGUUUUUUGAUAAAUCGUAUGCCAUCUUCUGUUUUGAAUGGUAAAGCUCCUUAUCAUUGUCUAUUUCCAAACAAAUAGCUUUUUCCUAUCCCACCUAAAAUAUUUGGUUGCACUUGUUUUGUUAGAGAUGUUACAAAGCUAG